GCAGCCCAGGUCUACCCGGUUGUGCUGUGAUAUUGAGAGGUCAUACAUUUUCGAAAAACAAAGAAAGCACAGCAGAUGUUACCAGAUGUGUUCAUGGUCUUGUUUUGGCCUGAACACUGUAGGACUGCUGCAUAAUAAGCACAUUGGCCUACAUACCUGAAAUAGUUUAGUAACAGUACUCCAGUCCACAGAGGUGUGUCUCGGUCACCUACUGAAUACUUACAAAGGAAGCCAGGAUGUCUGAAGAGCUGUCCCUCAACAUCAACAUCAAGGAGCCAAGAUGGGACCAAGGCACAUUUAUGGGGCGCGCCAAGCACUUCUUCAUGGUCACAGAUCCCAGGAACGUCCUGCUGUCGUCUGAGACUCUGGAGGAGGCCAGAGUGAUCAUGGAGGACUACAGAGCGGGGAUCGUUAAGCCUGGCCUGACGGAGGAUGCGCUCUGGAGAGCCAAGUACAUCUACGACUCCGCCUUCCACCCUGACACAGGGGAGAAGAUGUUUGUGAUUGGCCGGAUGUCCGCUCAGGUGCCGAUGAACAUGUCCAUCACAGGCUGCAUGCUCACCUUCUACAGGACUACUCCAGCAGUGGUGUUCUGGCAGUGGGUUAACCAGUCUUUCAACGCUAUCGUCAACUACACCAACCGCAGCGGAGAUGCCCCCAUAACCGUGAAUCAGCUUGGUGCGGCCUAUGUCAGUGCUACUACUGGAGCUGUGAUCACUGCCCUGGGCCUUAAGUCUCUAGCUAAGCGUCUCCCCCCAAUCGUCAGCCGGUUUGUCCCCUUUGCUGCUGUUGCUGCUGCUAACUGUAUCAACAUUCCCUUCAUGAGACAGAGGGAGUUGAAGUACGGUAUCCCUGUGAUGGAUGAGAAUGGAAACAGGUUAGGAGAGUCCCCCAAUGCUGCCAAGCAGGCCAUCGUGCAGGUGGUGGUGUCAAGGAUCGGCAUGGCAGUGCCAGCUAUGGCCAUUCCCCCUGUUAUAAUGGAUGCUCUGGAGAAGAGAGCUUUCAUGAGGCGCUUCCCAAUUCUAAACGCUCCGGUCCAGGUGGGGCUCGUCGGUCUGUGCCUGGUGUUUGCAACUCCUCUGUGCUGCGCCCUCUUCCCACAGAAAAGCUCUAUGAGUGUGAGCGGGCUGGAAGCAGAUCUGCAAGAGAGGAUACGAGAGACCAGCCCCAGCACCACCACCGUCUACUUCAACAAGGGCCUGUAGGACCAGCCAACACGUCUCCAUGCACACACACAAGACAUCCCGACACACACGUUAUAUACACAUGUAUGUUGUCCUGUGGGCACAAGUGGGAGGACGAAACUAAAUUUAUUUAUGCAUUUUUUUUGUUUUUGUUGCGUGUACUGCUGCAUUCAUUUUUUGAAUUUAACCGCAUGGAGCUGCUCCAAGUGUAGGGUUGAUGGAAGAAUAAUGGAAGGGAAAACAAAACACUCUGAGAAGGAAGAUCACUGACAGAUCUCUGCGUACGUAGAUUGCACUCCUUAGAAAAGACUCCUUUUUUUUUAUUGUGUCGUGGUGUGUUUUCUGUCUUCCUUUGGUCAAACCUGCCUGUAGAGGUGGCAGUUCAUGAAGUUACUGACUUGUGUUUCACUCACCAAUUUUUCAUGUUGCAUUCAGGUUCACGCAAGUUUGAAGUACUCUGAUAAGUUAUUUGUAACUCCAGUUAAAAACGAAGGCUUGUGCUUGUAAGUCAUGUCUGUAAUUGCUUCUGAAUGUCACAUAAUCUUUUUUGCCUUGUGCCCCCCCCUACUUUCACACUAUUAGAUUUCCUCUUCCCAUUUUUGCCUGUUGACUUUAGUAUGUUCAAAUUCUUGCCACCAAUUAAUUUCCACCUAGUACUUCAACCAUGUAGUUACACAGGAAAAACCAGUGUGUUAAUUAGCUCUGAAAUGUCCAACCCUUGAUGAAUAAGUUCCUCUUUUGUUGUGCUCCUUGUCAACCGGUGCAGCUUCUUACUCCCUUCAGCUGUCCCUGAAGUGUACUUACGCCCUCAUAUUUAUAGACCAGGUGAUUAGGUGUUAGGUACAAUGUGGCAAAGGAAAUAUGUAGAUGUUAUACUGCAAAAGCUCAAAAGCACAGCCAUACACAGGCAUCAGUGAACACUAAUUAACAUAAAUAUGUACUCUUGCCAUGGCAGCCUAAUUUUGAAGGCCUUUUAUCAUUUGAGAUUACUUUACAAACUAGUGCAGUCGCAAUCUUUGGUGGCAUAUUAAUGAUUGUUGUCAGUGGUGGUGCUCGUUUGAUGGUUGUGUCAGGCGGUGGAAUAUACUUUGUUGUGUCAACAUGUUGUUGCUAAGACAAAAUGAUGCUCUCAAUUUGAGUUUGCCCUUUGUGUGUUUUAAAUAGUCAUGUGUUGUUGUCACGUGAAAACUUUGUAACUCAGAUUUUGUUGGUUUUAAUGUCCUCACUCGAACUAAAGGAUUUUACAAGGGAGUUAAUAGAAGUGAAAGCUGUCUAAUUUCACUUCCUCAAAGUCGGAGAUGCAGGGUUUUUAUGUGCAACAGCUAGUUAGCGAUCUUCACCGUUGAGCCAUUGAUGUCCCAUUGUACCAGAUGAAAGAAGCUAAUGCUGCGUGACAAAGUCAAAAUACUGAAAGCUUAUUUCGGGGCAGUGGGUUACUGUGUGCAACGUCUUUGUUGUUGCUUUGAGAAAGUGGACAGUUUGGCCACAUUCACACUGUCGACUGAACACGUGACUGCUCAGUGUGGUUAGGUAGCGAUGAUGGUGUUGUGAGGAAAUGUAUCCCAGUGUCGUCUGUCAAGAUUAUGCAAGAAUAAGUAUAUUUUUCUUGGAUAUGUUUAUAAAUAUAAAUAUAUAUAUAUAUAUAUGAUGUACAAUAUAUGGAGCACAUAUGCAUGAGGAAAUUCAAAGAAUUUAACUUUAAGGUGUGCCUCUGUUAGUCUAUCCUCCAGACAGCCCCAUAUAUGCAUCGGAAGACUGUCAGCUGCUCAUAUUCUAGAAGAGCAGAGGAGUUUGCUGCAAAUAUAGAAAGUGCACCUUUAGGGCUAAAAAAUUGUGAUGAUUUGUGAAAAAGUGAUGUUUCGUGUUUGUUGGUCAAAGAAAAAUGAAUCAAACACACAGCAGCGUUGUAGUUCUCGAGAUUGCUUUUUGAAUGUUGCAACUCGGACUUGGAUUCCAUCGCAUUUCGACUCUUUCUUGGAUUCUAUUUCAAGACCGGUCAAGACCACACCUGCAGGGAUAUCACUAAAUCACCAGUGCAAAAAAAAAAAGGAAUGUUGAGUAAAGAUAGUUAAUUUCAGCUCCUUAGUGUUUGUUUGCUCACGGAAAACAAAAGAAUAUUCCCAUGUAUAAAAUUCACCUCUGCAGUGUCUUCUCAUUGUUUUAUCCAGACAUUUCUCAUGGUUCACUUUUUCAAACACACAUAUACAGUGUAUGGCAGUAAAAGGGGUGAAUGAAGAGGAAUCCUCAUUUGUUUUCUGUGGUUGUUUUAAUGGGAAUGUGGAUCUUUCAGAUCAAUUUGAGGAGUGCCUACGGUUUGCAUGCUCCACAUUGUAGCGUCAGUGUGUCAUGUAGUGUCGGACUUGUGCUGGUCUGGUCUUGACUUGGUCUUGACUGAGGCUCGAUAUGCUUGACUUGGUCUCGGUUUAGGUGGCCUUGGCUACAACACUGCUCUACAGUAAGACUGCACAGGCCACUUUCACACUUAAAUUCACCUCCAUCAAACAUCUGUGGUCAUGUAAGGUUAGGUCAUUCAUUUGAAGUAAACUGACUGAGUGUUAAGGAACUGCUAUCAACUUCUGCACUGAAGCACACCAUGAUUGUGUUUUUAUGUGAUCCUAAAACUGAAAGGUUUAAUUCUAAUUUGCUAUCCAGAUAAUUGUAUAAAUGACCCUUGAUGUGAUUUCCCACUUCGUUAUGAGAAUGGGGAUGUCUUUAUUGUUUUCAAACGACUGAUAUCAAACUCUUCUUUCACCUUUUAUUCUUCAUUGUCAUUCAUAUUUUCAUAUACACACUAAACCCCCAGACGACAGCUUCUGUUUGAGUCCCUUACCUCCAUCUGUGACACUGAGACAUGAUCACAUGCACUGCAGGACAGUGUUUCAGAGUUAACAUCACUGAUUGUAUUCCAAUAUUUGAUACAAACCUUCACUGCAUGACUAAGACAUUGUGUAUUGUGUUUGGGGUGUUUUCCUGCAUUGGGUGAAACUGCUCUUUAUAACCUUUGCUGUGCUGCUGUAGUCACAUUUGUGUUGCUAUUUUAAAGGAGCUUUUUAAAGUGUAUGUUGAAGAUAGUAUUUGUUUAUGGUGCUGGAUGAUGUUGAAGGUACUAUGGUUACUGCUAAUUAAAAUUUCAUUCAUUGUCUGGCAGCUGUCAUUGCUCAUAAUCAAACAGCUUUAGCUUCUGCUUUUGUCCUUUGUGUUUUUCUGCUCUUGGAAUUACGGCGCGAAAGUGUCAAGAACAAAACUGGAGGGUUGUAGUCAGCAUUUAGAGACAUCUGUAAACAUGUAUCUCAGCUUGUGACUGUGCUGUACCACCGUAACAUGUCGCACCAGUAGAUCUAGCCAAAGAUGAGACGGGUAUGAGUUGUACAGAAAUUGAGGAGAGGAAAAGUGUAGCUUUUGAGGUUUUUGUUUCAGCUUUAACGAACGGACCUUUUGUCAGCUUUUCUCAAAAACAUGUUUAUUUUUUACAGAAAUGGUCCUCAACUUUGUCAGUGUAACACCAAAUUCUUCAAGAACAUCGCAAAGCAUUUCCUUUAACACACAGUUAACAGAUUGAAGAUAUAAAUAAAUAAUGCAGUUUAGAUAAAAAUCAUGUUUUGGCAAUUUUGUCGAUGUUACAAUAAAUCUUGAACUUACUCCACAUAGCUCCAGUGAAGUCAGAGGCACCUACUAAUUCAAAACUUUGGUUGCCAUGAAGAAAAUGUCAAAUCUUUCCAUACUGAAGGCACAAAUGUAAAGACAAUCUGUUACUGUUACACUCCGUGAAUGUUUUGGUUAUGUCAUGUACAUACAACUUUAACACACGUAGUCCUGUCAGUAUUGGUGCACAGUGUUUUCUCCCUCUAUUUUGUAUUGUGUUGAAAUAUAUUUCCGUGAUGUGGAAUGUAUUAUACUCAGAGCAAUAGAAUAAAAUAUGUAACAUGAAAGUCCAAA